CACAAACACAGUACAAGAAGAAAAUGGAGGAAGUUUGCCUCUUCCCUUUCCCUCUGGCGCAUGACAAAAACAAAAAAAAAGAACCGCCCCACAUCAAGCACAACACUAUCUUUCUCACUCCUCACUUCUACACUUUUACUCCUUUUUUAUAUAAAAAAAUUAGAGUUUCACUGGUCAGUGUGCACUUAUUAUUAAUGGGGAUGUUGCUUUUCAACUCACUACUCUCUCAUUAAUCCCUUCCCUUAAUUUAAUUCCUUCCCUCCCAUAAAACCCACUUCACACUCUCUCCAUUUUCCAAUUCUCAUUUUUCCUGGGCUUGUCAAUUAAAAUAAAGUAAACAAAUUGCAGGCUUGCAGCAGGGUACUUUCUGCAAUUGAAUCUUCUGGGAUUUCUUUUAAAGUUCUACUUCUUGUGAAAUUUUGACAAAGAUCUCAUCUUUUUGUUUGGGUUUUCAUUUUCUGCGAAAAAAUGGGGACAAAUAAGCUUAAUGUGUUGCAAUUAAUGUUGCUGUUUUUAGUGGGUGUUGCACUAUGCCAGAAUGACACAGAUGAAGUAUCUGGGAUUUACAUUGUUACUCUCAAGCAAGCUCCUUCAGCUCAUCUCUUCUUCAAUGAAUUGAGCCAAAAUCACAGGAUUGGGUUAAAAAAGCAUCCUCAUUCUACUAAAUCAAACACCUUUCACAAGCUUAGGAAUGUCUCGAGGUCGGAUCCUUAUUACGGCUCGUAUAUUUCAAGAGUACACGAUUCGUUAUUGAGGAGGGUACUGAGAGGGCAAAAGUAUCUGAAGCUGUAUAGUUAUCACUACUUGAUCAAUGGAUUUGCUGUGCUUGUUACCCCUGAGCAGGCGGACAAACUUUCGAGAAGAAGAGAAGUGGCAAAUGUGGUACUAGACUUCUCUGUUAGGACUGACACCACACACACUCCCGAGUUUUUAGGAUUGCCUGAAGGAGCAUGGCCUCAGGAAGGGGGAUAUGAUUCUGCAGGAGAAGGGAUUGUGAUUGGACUUGUUGAUACUGGGAUCGAUCCUACGCACCCAAGUUUUUCGGAUUCCAUUGAAGCAAAUGCAUAUCCAGUUCCACAGCAUUUCUCUGGAAUAUGUGAGGUUACUAGGGAUUUCCCUUCAGGCUCUUGCAACAGGAAACUUGUAGGGGCAAGGCAUUUUGCUGCAUCGGCCAUAACAAGAGGGAUCUUCAAUUACAGUAAGGACUAUGCAUCGCCUUUUGAUGGAGAUGGACAUGGGACGCAUACAGCUUCAAUUGCAUCAGGAAACCAUGGGAUUCCAGUUGUUGUAUCUGGGCAUCUCUUUGGAAAUGCAAGUGGAAUGGCUCCUCGCUCACAUGUCGCUAUCUACAAGGCAUUGUACAAGGGCUUCGGUGGAUUUGCUGCAGAUGUAGUUGCAGCCAUAGACCAGGCAGCUCAGGAUGGUGUUGACAUAAUUAGCUUGUCAAUCACUCCUAAUAGGCGUCCUCCAGGAGUUGCCACAUUUUUCAAUCCCAUAGACAUGGCCUUAUUAACAGCUGUCAAAGCUGGUAUUUUUGUAGUACAGGCAGCAGGGAACACUGGUCCAGCUCCACGCAGUGUUUCUUCCUUCAGCCCAUGGAUCUUCACAGUAGGUGCUGCUUCUCAUGACAGAGUUUAUAAUAACCUCAUUAGUCUUGGAAACAACGUGACCUUGUCUGGUGCUGGACUUGCAUCGGGAACAAAUGACACAAUGUAUACGUUGAUCUCUGCUGCACAUGCUAUGUGCAAUGACACUGGUGCACCAACUGACAUGUACAUUGGGGAGUGUCAAGAUCCUAGUACUUUAAAUCCAGACCUUGUCGCCGGAAACCUUUUGAUAUGUAGCUAUUCAGUACGUUUUGUGCUAGGAGUCUCCACCAUCAAACAGGCUUUGCAGACUGCCAAGAACCUCAGUGCAGCUGGUGUUGUGUUUUACUUGGAUCCUUUUGUUUUAGGAUUUCAGAUAAACCCAACUCCGAUGGACAUACCUGGCAUCAUAAUUCCUUCGGCAAAUGAUUCCAAGGUUUUACUCCAAUAUUACAAUUCCUCUUUGGUAAGAGAUGGGACCACAAAAAAAAUUGUAAAAUUUGGAGCAGUAGCUAGUAUUUCUGGUGGGCUAGAACCAGAUUUUAGUUAUUCUGCUCCCAAGGUAAUGUACUAUUCUGCUAGAGGUCCAGAUCCAGAAGAUAACUCUUUUGAUAACGCAGACAUACUGAAACCUAAUCUCGUUGCUCCUGGAAAUUCAAUAUGGGGUGCUUGGAGCUCACUUGGCACUGAUUCUACAGAAUUUCAAGGAGAAGAGUUUGCUAUGAUGUCCGGGACAAGCAUGGCUGCUCCUCAUGUUGCAGGACUUGCGGCUUUAAUCAAGAAGAAAUUCCCUGGGUUUAGUCCAGCAGCUAUUGCUUCUGCUCUUUCAACAACGGCUUCACUUCAUGACAAGAAUGGCGGGCCCAUUAUGGCCCAACGUGCUUAUUCUAAUCCAGACGUGAACCAAUCUCCUGCAACUGCUUUUGACAUGGGCAGUGGAUUUGUUAAUGCAACUGCUGCUUUAGACCCAGGACUCAUCUUCGAUUCAAGCUACGAUGAUUUAAUUUCCUUCCUUUGUGGUAUAAAUGGUUCAGCUCCAGUAGUGUUGAACUACACAGGCCAGACCUGUGAUGGGGUUUCUACCAUGAGGGGCUCAGACUUGAACUUACCCUCUAUUACAAUCGGGAAACUAAACCAAACUAGAGAGGUCAAUCGAACAGUUUUAAAUGUUGGUGUAAAUGAAACUUUUCGUGUUGGUUGGAGUGCCCCUUUUGGUGUUUCUUUGAAGAUUAUGCCCACACACUUCUUCAUUGCAGCUGGAGAGAAACAGGUAUUGACUGUAUCUCUAAAUGCUACUAGGAACGACACUGCUGCUAGUUACGGUAGGAUAGGGCUUUUUGGGGAUCAAGGUCACAUCAUAAACAUCCCGUUAUCUGUCAUCUAUAAAUUCUUGUACAAUGUAAGUAGUUAUUGAUGACAGAUAGAAACUAAUAUGAUUCAUUCUUUCUCUUGUCUGAGCAUGGAGGUCGGCUAAUUGUAUCUUGUCAAUCUUUGCAUGGGGAUGCUGAUCAAUUUUUUGUAUUCAAUACAUGUAAAAUAGUUGUACUAUGUUUAGCAUGUAGAUAUGUGAGUGUACGAUAAACUAAAAAAAAAACUUAUUUUGCAACUUUCCAGUAAUAUAUUGAAAAAAAACCCUGAGGUCACAUGUUAUCAAUGAAGUUUCAUUAUUUGAAGGGUAAAGAAAAUAGUUACGAGGUUGUAAUACUUAACGGCGAAAGACUUGAUUGUCUUAAGACUCUUAGCUACUUCCUCUGCUUCACAAUAGAUGUAUCAUUUUGACUUUUUAUAUAUUAAAUUUCAUAUUCUUGCAAAUUUCCA